GAACUCGUGCGCACGGUCUUGAUGUAUUGAAGAAGUGUGAAGCUCUUUCGUAUGCAUCGCAGAGCACAUUCUGUGCCAAGGGUGAAUAGCUCCAGUCUCGAACACCGUCACCUCAGCAAUGCAUCCUUGCAAAACUACUCUUCACUUCGUCCAUCGCGCCUGAUACUAACCAGCGUCUCUAUCUCCAUAGUUUUCUUGGCGCACGAGAGUAGCGUCAGAAGUCAUCGGUUGAUCAAAUAUCAGAGACUCGUCUCAUUUGCCAUGUCAAAUGGGGUAUACAGCCAGAGCAAGAAAGACGAGCGCAAUCGCACAAGUGACUUCUGCGAUCAGCGCGACCUGCUGGGUCGGCCGUCGACUCGAGCACACUAUGCAACGCGAAGAUGGAUUGGCCAAGCGAAAGACAGACACCCGGCUUCGGGACGAAUGUCGUAGGCAACCU